AUGCCUCUAACCACGUCAUAUACCAGCCUCUCCAUGGGUGGGUACGGCCAGGCUGAGCGCCCCGGAGAGGGGACUCCCCCCUUCAACACCCAAGAGGACUACUGCAGCCUCGUGUGCGACGGGUCAAAGGUCACUCCAAGCAUCGACGCGAAAAUCGAAAAGGGAUUUUUCAUGUCCAGUGACGGCGUUUGGACCUGUUAUCGACGGAACUAUUUUGCCGUGACCGUCCACUUCAACCUACAGCCGUGGAUAAACAACGGUCGCCUUUACUUGGACCAAGGUCCCGGCAAGCCCCAGGAACAAAUACAAUCCAUGGCUGUGUCUUUGGCCGCGGCGGUAGACGGUGCUGGCGGAAAAAGCAUUGAGUUGAUCCAACAUACGCCCAAACGUGACAAAGGACCACAAUUGCAAAUGAAGAAGGAGCUACUCUCCCCAAUGCCUCCAGGGAAGAAUCAUGAACACGGAAGUUAUGGGCUUAGUACCUUUCAUCAGUCCAGCCAAGCAACCGGCUUCUUACUUCCUCUACAAAGCGAAUCGGACACUUCGCAGGCGUACUCACCAACCAGCCAUGCGCAGAAUAGCUAUCAGCACGGCUUUGAGCGCAUACAGUUCAAGUCAGCUACUGCUAACAACGGCAAGCGUCGCGCUCAGCAACAAUACUUCCAUCUCAUCGUCGAGCUCUGGGCGAACAUCCAAAAUCCGAGGGAUAAAGAAGCUCGCUGGGUCAAGGUGGCUGCGCGGUCCUCUCAUCCAGUUGUGGUUCGUGGGCGAUCACCCAGCCACUAUUCGAACGAGGGCCCACACAAUGCGGGUGCUUCGCGCGGUGCAGGCGGUACCGGUGGCCCAGGCCAAGGGCCCCAUGGAUAUGGCGCAAAUGGCGCACAGUAUACCACCAGCUAUCGCAAUGGUCUAUCCGGCGGUGGAUCAUCAGGCCUUGGCGGUGGAAUGUACAGAGGCACUACCUACUCGCUGGAUCCGAGCCCGAUGGGUAGCCAUACCGUGAGCUCUGCAAGUUCUCUCAGUGGGGGCCCAGUGGAGAGCUUCGUGGGCGAUCAUCAUAUGGCAGACGACGAAGACAAUAAGAUGAUCCAGUCGCACAACGAUUACCAAUACUACCCCGCUCCAAUCUUUGAGGCUAUACAACCUAAGGUCGAAAGCUCAAUACCUCCUGUUCUGGACCGAAGAAUCAAAGAGGAGUAUCCCGUCUCGACGGGUUUAGGUGGCUCUUGGCAAGUCGGAGGAUGCGGUCGCUUCCAAGGCAUGGAGACGAGUCGUGGGUACUACCCCGACGUACAUGCCCAACAUGCGCAUGCUGCAGGCUAUUGA